AUGCUGCAGAAACUCCUACCCCUGCUAUACUGCACCCUCCUCGCAUAUUCUUCGUCGUCAUCUGUGGCUACUCAAAAUCCCAGGUUGCAAGGCCCUAUUGUAGAUGUUACCUACGCUCAAUUUCAGGGUGCAUUCGACCCGGAGACAAACGUUACUAACUUUCUGGGUAUACGAUACGCUACCUCUCCGACUGGUGACCUGCGUUUUCGUGCUCCCCAAUCCCCUACGCCUAUCAGUGGGGUGCAACAAGCGGACACCGAACCCCCAGAAUGUGUUCAAGGGUUAGUUACUGACUCGGAGGAUUGCCUAUUCCUCAAUGUUCAUACCCCAGGAAGCCGCAUCUCCACAACUUCUUCGCUCCCCACAGUAGUAUGGAUUCACGGAGGAGGGCACGUACUAAUACUACAGUAUGCCGGUGGUAACGGUUCAAUGUUCCACGGCUCGGACCUACUGCAACAAGCCAACAACGAGGUAGUAGCCGUCAUCAUACAAUAUAGACUGGGACUUUUUGGUUUUCUCGCAGGGAAGAAUGUGAAGGAGAAUGGCGAUCUUAAUGCGGGACUAUUGGAUCAACAUCUAGCAUUACAAUGGGUCAACGAGCAUAUAUCGAAAUUCGGUGGGGACCCAGAAAAAGUCACUAUUUGGGGCGAGUCAGCAGGUGCCGGAUCCGUCUUACAGCAUGUUGUCGCUCAGGAUGGACAGACUUCUCCACCACUCUUCCGUGCUGCUAUCACGAGUUCAACAUUCCUACCCUCGCAGUACCCCUUCGACGAUGCCGUCCCCGAGGCACUUUACACGGAAGUAGUUUCACAGAGCAAUUGCUCUUCCGCCAGCGAUACCUUGAAUUGUCUCCGAGCUGCGGACCUCAACGUACUUAGGACAGUGAAUACUGAUAUUCAAGACGCAGCGUUUUCCGGCACUUUCGCAUUUGUUCCCGUAAUAGAUGGUAACUUCAUAACACAAAGACCGACAAUAGCCUUGAAAGAAGGCAAAAUUAACGGGCGUGCUUUUCUUGCCAUUACCAAUACGAACGAAGGGAAUGACUUUGUGGACCAGACGGGUGUGGUCAUGAAUACCUCGAUAUACGCCGGCCAAUUGUUCCCCAAGUUUGGCUCCGCACAAGAUAACGAAGUCGCAAAGCAGUACGCUGGGUUAGGUACUACGAUUAAUCAAAUCAACAAUAUCAUGGGGGACUCGAUCUUCAAAUGCCCCAGUUUCUUCAUGUUAAAUGCAUUUCACGAGCAUGGGUUCAACACGUUCAAGGUGCCGAUACCUCCGGCGCUACAUGGAAUGGACGUGAAUUACUAUUUCCCCAGCACUGGUCCAAUCUCCUUUCAAAACCCUCGUUUCUCUGCCGCGUUCUCGCAAUCAUUCUUAUCUUUCGUGAUCUCCCUGGAUCCCAACGUCAAAGUUGAUCCCCGAGAAGAUAUAACCCCACCUUGGUCUAUGUUCCAGAUUGCAAACACGGAGAUGGUUUUUAAUAAAACUGCCGUAGGGAAUGGAACUAAUAUUCAUCCGGUUCGAGUGGAUAAUGGGUUACUUGAACGAUGCAGGUGA